AUGAGCAUUAUGGAUGAUAGGAGAGAUGAUGAGGAAACAAAAGUUGCAUCCAUGAGACAAUUCACACCGGGAAAGGAGGGAAAUCAAGAAUCGUCCAAGUCUUCUUCCAGUUCAAAACCUUCAAAAAUAAGGUCUUUUAUAAGACUGUACUUUAAAGAAAAUCGAAAAUUUACUUUUUCUAAAAAGAAGAAUAAGGAAUUGCCUUCAUCAUAUAAUAAUGAAAAAUAUGAACAUGCCAAUCCUUCGUUCGAAAAUGAAGCUCAGGGUUCACAGGACCCAUCAUCAUUACAACCAAACGGUGCUUUGAAUGUGGGGUCUGCAGCGACGACUUCUACAACUCAAAUGAGUUCUCCUGACGUGGACUCUCUCUACGUAAAAAAGCGGGAGACUAAAAAAUCAUUUUUCAUGGGAGGAAAAAAGAAAAAAGAUUCCAAUUCGAAGUCCUUCUUCAAUUCUCGACACGCAGGCCAGUCCAAUGGCUCAGAUAACCAUUCUGAAAAUGGUAAUGUAAAUGGUAUCAAGGCGACGGAGAAGGAACGCAAAGUAGAGCCGGUAAAGAAGACCACCGGCUCUGCGAGAAAGUACUCUUCAAACUCUGUCAAAAUCGGAAACGUCGAGGUAGGUCCGUCCAGUUUUGAAAAGGUUUUCUUGCUUGGUAAAGGCGACGUUGGUCGUGUUUACCUGGUUCGUGAGAAAAAGACUAGUCGGUUUUUUGCUAUGAAGGUUUUGAGUAAGCAAGAAAUGAUUAAAAGGAACAAGAUUAAACGAGCAUUUGCAGAACAAGAAAUUCUGGCUACAAGCAAUCAUCCUUUCAUCGUCACGCUGUAUCAUUCUUUUCAAUCCGAAGAGUACCUUUAUUUAUGUAUGGAGUAUUGUAUGGGUGGUGAGUUUUUUAGAGCCCUGCAACGUCGCCCUGGACGCUGCCUCGCUGAACAUGAGGCUAAAUUCUACAUUGCUGAAGUUACGGCUGCAUUAGAGUAUCUUCAUCUAAUGGGUUUUAUCUAUCGUGAUUUAAAACCCGAAAACAUUCUUUUGCAUAAAUCUGGUCAUAUUAUGCUUUCCGACUUUGAUCUUUCCAAACAGUCAGGUUCUAUCGGCUCUCCUACCGUUAUCCAAGCUCGUAAUAGUCCAUCGGCCCAAAAUAAUUAUGCAUUAGAUACCAAAUCUUGUAUCGCUAAUUUUCGUACGAAUUCUUUUGUCGGUACAGAAGAAUACAUUGCUCCUGAAGUUAUUAAAGGCUGCGGUCAUACAAGCGCCGUAGACUGGUGGACUUUGGGUAUCCUUUUCUAUGAAAUGCUUUAUGCUACUACUCCUUUCAAAGGGAAAAACAGAAACAUGACAUUUUCAAAUAUUCUACAUCGUGAAGUUGUAUUCCCAGAGUAUGCUGAUGCUCCUUCGAUCUCUAGCCUGUGUAAGUCCCUCAUUAGAAAACUGUUGCUGAAGGAUGAAAACGAUCGUUUAGGGUCUCAAGCGGGCGCAUCGGAUGUAAAGUUACAUCCAUUUUUUAAAAAUGUUCAGUGGGCUUUACUGCGUCACACUGAACCUCCGAUUAUACCUCGGCUUGCCCCUACAGAUGAAUUGGGCAACCCGAAUAUUGCACAUCUGAAAGAGAGCAAGAGUUUGGAUAUAACUAACUCAAAUCAUAAUUCUCACACAGUUGAGGUUCCACUAUCUAAUCUUAAAGAUCAGGAAGACGAUCCUUUUCUUUCGUUUAAUUCUGUUACCGUACAUCAUGAUUGGGACUAA